CUGCAGUACCUCAGCCAGGGCGACGUGGUGUUCAAGAGCUCGGUGAAGGUGAUGACCGUGAACUACAACACGGCAGGAGAGCUGAGCGAAGGCGCGAGGAAGUUCGUGUUUUUCAACAUCCCCCAGAUCCAGUACAAGAACCCCUGGGUGCAGAUCAUGCUGUUCAGGAACAUGACGCCCUCGCCCUUCCUCCGCUUCUACCUGGACAACGGAGAACAAGUUUUGGUUGACGUGGAAGAUAAAACCAACAAAGAGAUAACAGAGCACGUUAAAAAAAUCCUGGGGAAAAGCAAAGAAAUGCUUGAAAAAGAAGAAAGAGAAAAGAAAAAACUAUCACAUCCAGCAAACUUUGGGCCCAAGAAGUAUAAUCUGCGAGAAUGCAUGUGUGAGAUUGAAGGCCAAGUUCCCUGCCCUGCUUUUGUACCAUUGCCCAAAGAGAUGAGGGGAAAAUACAAAGCUGCUAUGAAAAAUGAGGCAUGAGCCUCAAGAUCUCAAGUCAUGCAGCUGAUUUUCCUCAGGGCUAGAAAAUGAAGGAGAGACAAGAAUUCAGUGAGAGACAAGAAUUCAGUGAGAGACAAGAACCAACAGUUCCUGGGAACAGGAACAAGCAAGUUUAUUCAAUACAGACAACUGCCUUAUAAGCCUUCUUACAGCUACAACUAGAAUAAGUGAAAAAUAAGUAAAAGUUAAAACUGGCACCAAAAAAAGCUGUGGUUCUACAAAGUAUUGCAGUCAACACUGAAAAACAAAAUUACUAGAGUCUUAUUUCUUAUUUAUGCCUGCAGGUAACCAGUUAUGGCAAAACCAAGAUCAUGUUUUCUUUGGGAUAGAGAGGCUAGACUAAAAAGUUAAAUCUUAGAAGCAGUGCAGAAUUACAUAAUUUCUAGAAAGUGGUGCAAAAGUCCAUACUGUACUAACCAAAGACAGCCAAAUGUAAUACAACUCCAGUCUCAACUGAAUUUUCCUAAUUUACAUAGUUACUAAUCAGAAUCAGUUCAGAGUUUCAUUUCCAGCAAGAUACAACUUUUGUAGUUGAUACUGCAGCUCUGAGAAGCACAGCUCAAGUCAGGAGCAUCAGCAGGAAAGAAUGGGAAAAUUGGUAUAUGAAAGGUAGGUUUUACAGUUAUCAAAAAAACUCCUUCUGAAUCAUCACAGCUUCUGCCUCACCAAACAAUUACACCAUACCUGUAAUAUGUAUAAAUGCGAUAAACUGUACUCUCCUGUAGAGACCUUUAUGUCAGGCUUGUAUGUACAAGUCGCUGUAGAACUGUAUUGCAGCAUUUUUGAACUCUUGUUUGAAUACAAAAUUUCAUACUGA